CUAAAUUCUAUUCAAUACAAAGUCCUCUAAGAUCAUUUGGUUGACGAUGAAUAAUUAAUGUGCAGAAAUUAUGAAACUUUUAUUGUGCAGAUUGAGUGAGUAAUAGCCAGCACGUGGAACAGUUAUUCAGAAAUGAAUGCAGUAAAAGGCACGAAAAAGACAAACAAGUAAAGAGAUAGAAAGGUUAUGAAAAAGCGAAAAAGAAGAUAUGAUUUGCAUCACUUUGCUAUCGCUUGUAUCAACAGCAGCAACAACAACCAAACGCAAAUCAAUGUCAAAACUAACCGUUCUCUUGUUUCUUCUAUUCGCAUUCUUCAAUUCUUCAACAGUCACCACUUUAUACUCUCCUUCACCUCCCGCCUCGCCAUUUUCCCAAUCUACCCCUGACCCCGACUCCUCUCCACCGGCAGAGUGGCUCUUCGCCCAUGCCACGCACUACGCCGCCACCGAUGCUCUUGGCGGCGCGUGCGGCUACGGUGACCUUCCCAACGGCAUGGCCACCGCUGCACUCAGCGAAGCCCUCUUCAACCGCGGCCAGAUCUGCGGCGCCUGCUUCGAGCUCCGCUGCCGCGAGGAGGACGCCGACUUCGACCGCCGCUGGUGCAUCUCCGGCGCGUCGGUUGCCGUCACCGCCACCAAUUUCUGCGCACCGAACUACGGAUCCGACGCCGAGAGCCUCAGCGGACACUGUAACCCUCCGAAGCAGCAUUUCGUUCUCCCCACCGAAGUUUUCGAGAAAAUCGCAAUCUGGAAAACUGGCACCGGCAACAUGCCAGUGCAGUAUCGCAGGAUAGAGUGCAGAAGAGAAGGAGGAAUGCGGUUCACAUUGAGUGGUUCUGGAAUCUUCAUUUCGGCACUGAUUAGUAAUGUGGGUGGGAUGGGAAACAUUGUGGGUGUGAAGGUUAAGGGUUCAAAAACUGGUUGGCUUUCAAUGGGUAGGAACUGGGGUCAGAACUGGCAUGUUAAUGCUUUACUGCAGAAUCAACCUCUCUCUUUUGAGGUCACUGGUAGCGAUGGAAUCACUGUUACAUCUUACAAUGUUGCUCCCAAGGAUUGGACUUUUGGACAAUCUUUUGAAGGAAAACAAUUUCGCCUGAACAGAUAAGAGGAAGGACCAUUCUCCUUCCUUUUCUUCUCCCUCACCAUUGGAAUUCUCAUUCACCUGUGUAAUAUUUCUCAAAUAGAUCAAAGUGAUAAUAUAUCUAAGCCCUAUAAUUCAUACUUGUCCUA